UUCGUAAUUUACGACAAAAAAAGAGAGAAGCAUUUGUAUAGGAUUACGAUAUAAAUGUUUACAGAAACAAGAAAAGGUGAAGAUGAAGAAGAAAACAGAGAGAGAGAGAGAGAGAGAGAGAAAUUUACUUAGCUAUAGGCUUUUAAGCUUUGCUCUGUUUCAUUUGCCUUUUGUUUGCUUGUUGGGAGCUUCGUUUUGAUUCAUUAACUCUCUUUUUCUCCCAAAAUAAUUACUAUUCUAGCCAAUUAUCCAAAUUAUUUGUUUAUCUUUUAGCCGAAAUUAUUACAAUUACUAACUCAUCACUCUUUGUUGUUUCGAUCGGAUCUGAAAAAGGGACUCAGAAAACAAUACAAAGAAAAAGCAGUUCCCGAAGCAAAGCUGUUACUCUUUUUGAGCGAGUUCGCUUUUCGUCAAUAAUUAUGACAGAUCAUUCAUUCUUCUGCAUUUUCUAAUCAGUGUCUAAUACCAAAGAACUCAAUGGAGUCACUUGUUGAUGGAAUCAGUUCCUUGCCAAAUGGUCACAGUUCUUUCACUGCUGUUGAGUACAAUACAUCUUUGGCCUCCCAGAUAAGUCCUCCUCCUCAUUCUCCAUCAAUGAAACAAUCCGAUUCCAGAUACAAAGAGUCAUCUACAUCAUAUCCAAUAGCUAAGGAACUUGGCUCCAACACAACAUGUACUCCAAAUGUAUCAGUGACUAGUUCAAAGCAUUAUUAUAAAACAUCCGGUGAUCAUAUACUGAGGGACAAUGCCUCUGAAUCGACGAGACACCAUUUUGAAUCCAAUGAAGGGAAAAGGGAAUUUCAGGAAACAGAAGAUACUAUCAAUCAAUUAGCAGAAGGUUGUUCAGGAGAGCAGUUUUUAGUCAAGGAUUUACAUCAUGGUUCCAAGGAUAGUACUUCAAAAGCUACUGCCAAAGGAGAUGGUGAUACUUUAAAGAUCCAGUUGCCAUCUCAAUCAGGAAUCAGCUUUUGUCCUAGUCCUCAGAACAGCUUUUAUUCCGCUACACAGUACACAGAAGCCAAACAAAGUUUCUCAAACACAGAAGUCAGUGAAUGCGCUAGCAGCACUGUGGACAAGUCUGGUGAAAGUGGUGAUGUUAGUAACUCAUGCGAUUUCGUUGAGAGCAGAAAGACAAGUUUCAACAGAGGCAGCACGGGUAGUGACGUUAGUGAAGAAAGCAGCUCAAGUAGUCUCAAUAGCGCAACAUAUAAACCGCAUAAGGCAAAUGAUACAAGGUGGGAUGCAAUUCAAGCCAUUAGAACCCGUGAGGGAACGUUGGGCUUCAACCACUUCAGACUUUUGAAGCGAUUGGGAUGUGGUGAUAUAGGAAGUGUUUUUCUAGCAGAGUUGAUUGGAACAACAAGUUUCUUUGCGAUGAAAGUGAUGGACAAGGCAGCUCUAGAAAGUCGCAAGAAACUUGUAAGAGCUCAGACUGAAAGAGAGAUAUUGCAGUCUUUGGAUCAUCCCUUUCUACCAACACUGUAUUCACACUUCGAAACAGAUAAAUUUUCCUGCUUGGUUAUGGAAUUUUGCCCUGGGGGUGAUUUGCAUGCACUUAGGCAAAAACAGCCCGGGAAACUUUUUCCCGAGCAUGCUGCCAGGUUUUAUGUGGCUGAAGUUCUUCUUGCAUUAGAGUACCUGCACAUGCUUGGAAUCAUUUACAGAGACCUUAAACCAGAGAACGUUUUGGUACGAGAAGAUGGUCAUAUAAUGCUUUCUGAUUUUGACCUCUCCUUGAGGUGUGCUGUUAGCCCAACUUUAGUUAGAUCCUCAAAUUCAAGCUUAGAGUCCAAGAGCUCAUCCUACUGUAUCCAGCCAUCUUGUGUCGUACAGCCUGCAUGUAUCCAACCUUCAUGUUUUACACCGCGUUUUCUAAGCAAGCCCAAGAAAGAAAAGAAGUCCAAACCAAAGACUGAAAUAUACAACCAAAUGAACCACCCUCUUCCGGAACUCCUUGCUGAACCAACGAGUGCUCGAUCUAUGUCUUUCGUGGGGACACACGAGUACCUGGCUCCAGAAAUUAUUAAAGGUGAAGGACAUGGCAGUGCAGUUGAUUGGUGGACAUUCGGGAUCUUUCUCUAUGAGCUCUUGUUUGGACAAACUCCGUUCAAGGGAGCGGGCAACAGGGCAACGUUGUUUAACGUUGUUGGUCAGCCCUUGAGAUUUCCUGAAACACCUACUGUUAGUUUUGCUGCAAGGGAUUUGAUAAGAGGUUUACUUGUGAAGGAGCCACAACAUCGCCUUGCAUAUAGGCGCGGGGCUACUGAAAUAAAACAACAUCCGUUCUUUCAGAACGUAAACUGGGCACUUAUACGAUGUGCUAGUCCUCCAGACGUACCCAGACCGUGCAUGACAUAUGAUAUGCCCCGAACACCACCAGCAGGAAAGGUGGCAGGUGUUGAUGUGAAACCUUCAGGUAAUUAUUUCGAGAUUGAUUUCUUCUGAGUAAUUCUUUUCCUUGGCAGCAAUGUCCCGUUGCACUUAUACGAAGAGCCAGCCACGUUGAAGAAACACCUGUUUUUUGUGUUCAUUUGAUUAUGCAAAUGUAAAGUGCAGACUCUGUGGAAAUGCAAAUGCAAAUUGGAUGUUGAAGGCCA